GCGCCGGGCGCGGAGCGGCGGCUGCUCAAUGGCGGCGCGGCGGCCGGCGCUGUGAGCCGCGGCCCGGCGGAGCGGGCGUCGAGCGGCGGCCCGAGGCCGGGUCUCUCGGGGCGCGCCGGGCGGAAGAUGCUCCAGGGCGACGCGGCGGCGGCGGCGGCGGCGUGCGGGAGGGGCGUAGGCGGCGGCGGCGGCGAGCGGGGCCCGGCGCAGUAGGCGGCGGCGGACGCCCCUCGCUCCUCGCCCGCGCGCAGGUCGCUAGUAAACAUGGGUGCGUUCUUGGACAAACCCAAAACGGAGAAGCACAACGCGCACGGUGCUGGGAACGGCCUGCGCUACGGCCUUAGCAGCAUGCAGGGCUGGAGAGUGGAGAUGGAGGACGCGCACACGGCCGUCGUGGGCAUCCCCCAGGGCUUGGAGGACUGGUCCUUCUUCGCCGUGUACGAUGGUCAUGCCGGGUCCCGCGUGGCGAACUACUGCUCGACUCACUUACUGGAGCACAUCACCAACAACGAAGACUUCAGGGCAGCUGGCAAGUCGGGCCUUGCCCUCGAGCCCUCCGUGGAGAGCGUCAAGAAGGGCAUCAGGACUGGCUUCUUGAAAAUCGACGAGUACAUGCGCGACUUCUCGGACCUCCGGAACGGCAUGGACAGGAGCGGCUCCACGGCCGUGGGCGUGAUGAUCUCCCCGAAGCACAUCUACUUCAUCAACUGCGGCGACUCCCGGGCCGUGCUCUGCAGGAAGGCGCAGGUCUGCUUCUCCACGCAGGACCACAAGCCCUGCAACCCCAAGGAGAAGGAGCGCAUCCAGAACGCUGGGGGCAGCGUGAUGAUCCAGCGCGUGAACGGCUCCCUGGCAGUGUCCCGCGCCCUGGGGGACUAUGACUACAAGUGUGUGGAGGGGAAGGGCCCCACAGAACAGCUGGUUUCUCCCGAGCCCGAGGUCUUCGACGUCGUGAGAGCGGAAGACGACGAGUUCAUCAUCCUGGCUUGCGACGGGAUCUGGGAUGUUAUGAGUAACGAGGAGCUCUGCGAAUAUGUCCAGUCGAGGCUCGCGGUGUCCGAUGACCUGGAGAAUGUGUGCAAUUGGGUAGUGGACACUUGUUUACAUAAGGGAAGUCGAGAUAACAUGAGUAUUGUACUAGUUUGCUUUUCAAAUGCCCCCAAGGUCUCAGAUGAAGCAGUGAAAAAAGAUUCAGAGUUGGAUAAGUACUUGGAAUCACGGGUUGAAGAAAUCAUGGAGAAGUCUGGUGAGGAAGGAAUGCCCGAUCUUGCCCAUGUCAUGCGCAUUUUGUCUGCUGAAAGUAUCCCAAAUCUGCCUCCUGGAGGAGGCCUUGCUGGCAAGCGCCAUGUUAUCGAAGCUGUUUAUAGUAGGCUGAACCCACAUAGAGAGAGUGACGGGGGUGCUGGAGAUCUAGAAGACCCAUGGUAGCCUUAGCCACCUUCUAAAAUGCUUUUGAUUCUGAAAAUUGGGGACAAACUUAAUCACAAUUUUCUUCAAUACAAGGGAAACUAUUCUUGUGGAUUUCCAGCGUUCUGUGCUGUGAGCAUCUCCUGACGCCGUCACUCGCCGCGUGGCGGCCAGCACCGGGCAGCAGCUGCUUCUCUUUUGAACCUUUGGCCCUCGAAGCAGCGGAGUUCUCUCAGCAGAGGCCCAGGCGCCAAGCGCUCGCGAGGGGCGUGGGUGGUGUGCUCGGAGGACGCCCGGCCAGCACCGCGGCGGGAGGGUGGGGAUGCUCCUUUUUUCAGCUCUCCAGGGCGGCAGCCUGGGCGGCUCUGUGACUUGAAGUUUCAUUUAGGCGAUUUACUAUAGGGUAUAUAUUUAUUAAUUGUUAUUUAAUUUUUUCCAAUUUUACCUGUAUUACCAAACUGGGUUCUCCAAUAAUGUCCAAAUUGUAAUGUUGCCUGCUUCCGGAUAAAGUGUAUUCGGCAAUAACACUAUAAACCCUGCAGAUUUUAUGCAUGUAUCGACUACGUUCGUCAGCUCUUACUAGAAAAGCUUUUGAAACCAAAUGGAUUAAUUUAUGGCUAUUUAUAAUUUGCUUUGACAUCUCACUGCGGCCUUUUUUUUAUGAUGAGAUUUGCCUUUAUAAUGUAAAUUGUGAUUUUUGUUUUACAUGUGGGUUUCUAUCGUUUUACUUUUUCAGCUUUUGAGAUACAAGUUUUGUGUAAUUUGGUAUAAUUUUUAACUGUUUACGUUAUUUUAAAGCUCAGAGUAUCACAUUGAAAUGACUCAUAGAUACCUUUUAAAAGAUCUAUUUUAGAUCUAGGGGAAUAUCCCAGCGGUAUUUUCAGAGGCUCAGUAACCUUUCAUUUUAUAAGUUGGGCACGGUACAGAGUGGCUGUCACAUAAGGUACUUGAAGAUUAUUUGUUUCAUCCUCUUUUUACAUUCACCUUGAAUUCUUUUGCAUUUUGUUUGUAUUAAUGCUGGAAGUGAAGAGUCAAGUAUUCAUCGGAAAGAGGCUCUCAGGCGGGAGAAACCCUGGUCCCAUGUUGUGGGUGUUCUGUGCCCCGCCCCCCACACCCACGCGGGGCUCCGCGGGCGCCCUUGCCCUGGUGUGGUUAGAACGAGUCGCCAUCUGCUCCUGGUGUCAGGCCUCCCUCCUGCUUUCCUGGGGCCCCGCAGCCGAGGGGACAGUGGCCCCGAGCAUUUGACGGACUGUGCAACUGGCUUUUGGUUUAAAAGAAAUGAUUGCCACAAUAUAUUUUUAUUUAUUCGUUAGAUUUUAGCUUUGUCAGUUCAAGUGCUUUACAUGAUGAUGUUAAACGCUCCUUGUUCCUCUUCUGGGCUUGGACGGUCGGUGAAAGAUAGGGAACGAAGAACGCCCCUGCCGACGGCCCCUCCCUGUAUGCCUUGUGAUGUCCUGCGCUCCAGUGAGUCACCUGUCACUGAAUAAAGGACUGACACAGA